GCUAACUCAAGACGACUUUUCAUAUGACAAAGCAGAAGAAUAUCGACUUUACAAAAUUUCUUUAGAGAAAUUGUCUGGUGAUGAGGCACAUAGAUGUUUAGUUAAUUUUGAAGUUAAGUACUAUCCACGAUUCGAAUUGGGUAAUUUUAUGUGUUCAAAGACUAGAAUACGUUCCGGUCACCGGGACAAACAACGUGACUGGACUUCGUCUUCCCUCGGCGUCUUUGGACUAAGAGCUAGAAUACGUUCCGGUCACCGGGACAAACAACGUGACGAUGAUUUUUGGAUAAUGGUCAAUAAAAAACAACGUGAGAGAGAAAUAGAACUUGAAAAGGUUAGCGAAUUGGCAUCUAUAAUGGUUUUAAUUGCACCAGGGCUCUAUAUAAUGAUUGAUACUGGGCAAAUUGAGCUGCCAAAAUCGUUUCAAACAUGUGAUCAAUUCGUUGACAAUAUUGACAAAUUAUUCACAUUUGCGGUAGUUAAAAAAGCAAGUCCAUUUCACAAGACAAGAUCUUUAGGUGAAUCACCAAUUUUCGUACUAGAUGGGAAAACUAAUGAAUGCGUUCAUUGUGAAACCAUGGAGUUCUAUCCGCGUAAACGUCGCAUGGUUAUGGAUAUGGAAGUAUUCAAAAAGCAUGAUGUUCAAAUAUGUAAUGAUCUUAUCGAUUGUCAGAUUGAUAUUUGUUCAGUAGAGGUACCAGCUUUAUUCACCGAGGAUUUUGAAUGUCAAGAUAUUCGAAAGAUUUUGUUUAUGAUUGCUGAAAAUGUUAAGAUAACAAAUUCUGUCAUUAGUCGAAGAGUUACAAUAGAGCCAAACGUUGAAAUAGAUGGUGCUUAUAUUUGGAAUGACUUAAAAAGUCAUAGCAUAAGUGAACAAUUAUUACCAAAACACAAUGCAAUUGCAAUUACGGACAAGAUUAAAAGGAUUAAUAGUCCAUUGCAAAUAAUUUCUGGGUUAAAAAAAUAUUCUAUUAUUUUGGUCACUUGCUUUUAUUUGUUAUUUGGCAAUUAUUUCUAUACUCGACCAAAUUUUGUUGGAGAGACAACAUUGAAUAAGAUCUUUCCAGAUGAUCGUUUUCUGUUAACAUUCCUCUUAAUGACUGCCCCGAGACGUGGUGAUCCUGAUUUUCUUUUACGUACUAUUGACUCGUACCUAAACAACUUUCCCGAUAAGCCCGAUGUGAGUUCUCUAUAUAGGCGUACACAAGUGAUUAUAUUUACCCAUUUUAGUAAUCAUCCCAUGUUCGACAAAGCGAGAUCAGUAUACGCAAAUAAUUUAAAAGCUCAAAAUUAUCUUCGAUUCCAUCAAGAAAAAGGUUCUGAGAUUAACCAGCGAUUACAUGUAUCUAAAGCUAUAAAACUUGUGGCUGAAAAUUUUAAAAGCUCCUACAUUGCCCUUGUGGAAGAUGACUUUCCUUUAUGUGACGGCAAAUGGAAAGAAAUGUUAACGGUUAUAUAUAAUGCCAAUUUACAAGUUCCUAAACAUUGUGGCAUCUUUGUUGGAACAGGUGGAAGUGGCCUCUUGAUAAAAAAAAAUAAAGCUCUUAUUGCAUCUGAUCUUCUUUUAAAGGAAGAAUCACUGGAAAUUCCUCCUGACAUUAUUUUACAAAACUGUCUUAUGGGUAAGGCUAAAGGCUGCGAAGAUUGUACACAGACACUAGUCACGUCAAAGGUCUUAUUGAUGUACCAUAUUGGAUAUAAUACUUCUACAAGCCCAGAUAGAGUGUAUAAAAAACAAGAAUUUCAAUGUGGCUGGAGACAUCCAUUUAAUGGAGAUCCAAGCGUUGUAACAUUAUAA